UCCCCGCGGCCCCCCGCAGGUCUCCCCGCGGCUCCCCAUGGCAGCGUGGUCGCGGGAGGCCGUCCUCAGCCUGUACCGGGCUCUGCUGCGCCGGGGCCGGGCGCUGCGCUACACCGACCGCGACUUCUACCGGGCCGCCGUCCGCAGCGAGUUCCGCCGCCACCGCGGGCUGCAGCGGCCGGAGGACAGGGAGAGGCAGCUGGAGAAGGGGCAGGCUUUCCUGCGGAGCGGGCUGGGGGGGGCUGCUCUAGGCCUUGCCCGUGCUCUGGAGGCUCCUCCUGCUCCCCCCCACGCCCUCCGAUUCCCUAAUUGUGCCCGGCUGAUUAAUGCUUCCUGCCCGCCGCCGUCCUGAAGAAGCACGGAAGGUGCCUCCGCAGUCC